AUGGAUGCCACCAUGAUGACUGCCCAGGCCAUGGGACAAGCGUCCUACUUCUACAACCAAGAUGCCCGGAGGCAACACGGAUACUUCCAGCCACAUCUUGCCAUGCAACAACAACAGAUGAUCUUCCCCGCCGUGCCAACACUACCUUCGACGCCCAUGUACUCGAGGCCUGGCUCCGCCUGCUCGCAACCCCAGGGCCCUACUCUGUACAGCAACGCGCCCGCGAACAUGGUGACACCUAUGGCCUCUCCCCAGCCUCUCGCACACAAGCCCGCCAUCAUGGUCGAGACUGAGAUUAGGGAUAAUGACAUGUACUACCCGGCGACGCCUCCUCUGUCAACCUCCGGCAGCGUUGUUGGUAGCCCCAGCAGCGUUGAUAUGCUUCAGACGCCUAUGAACCCCAUGUUCUCUGGGCUCGAUGGCGUCGAUGGUCUGAAGGAUGCUUUCGAGCCCACAAACACAUUUGUUGUUGACUGGGCGAACGUUGCUUCCCCCCCCUUGACACCUGUAUUCCUCCCUCAGUCACAAUCAACUGAACAAUCUCUCAUCACAUCUACCAACCCUGCCAACCUCAUCUCCUCUGUUUCCGCCUGCCCCUCUCUCUCCCCUUCACCCUCACCCUACGCGCGGUCCGUGUCUUCGGAGCAAGACGUCGAUUUCUGUGAUCCGCGAAAUCUCACUGUCACCGCCAAUUCGGGCCUUCCCGCCGACUUCUCGGGGUUGAAGGAGGAGGACGUUCCUUCUGAGCAGGGUUCCCCGGCGAGCUCUUCCGCCAUCUCCCAGGCUACCUUUGACUUCAGCACUGCACUCCCCGACACGCUCAGCACUUUCGGUGAUCUUUCCGACCUUGAAGCUGAGACGGACCUAUCUGGUCUUCUCGACAUUGAGCAAGUGUCCACUGCCGUCAGUGAAUGUGGGCGCCCUAGGGCUUGCACCGGCUCCAGCGUGGUCUCUUUCGGCCACGGCAGCUUUAUCGGCGAGGAGCUCACUUUCAACCACAGCGAGACAUUCCCCUUCCCGGCGCUUCACAACACCGUGGACUCGUCCGCGCUCGACAGCGACUCUCACAGGGACAAGCGUGUCAAGAAAUCGGACACCCCCUGUGUCCAGAAGGACGCCUGCAAGAUGCCCACGGCCAACGCCGUCGCCUCCGCCGGUCAACCCAGCACGGUAGAGCAGGACUCUACUUCUACCAGCGCGCAGUCCACCGGAUCUUCCUCAACCAAGACCUCAUCCUCUGGCGUCCAGACCCCCGUUGCCAACCCCGCUCCCGCCAACAGGCGUGGACGCAAGCAGUCUCUGACGGAAGACCCCAGCAAGACCUUCGUCUGCGAUCUCUGCAACCGCCGGUUCCGCCGACAGGAGCACCUCAAGAGGCACUACCGAUCUCUUCAUACUCAGGAGAAGCCCUUCGAGUGCAAUGAGUGCGGCAAGAAGUUCUCCCGCAGCGACAACCUCGCUCAACACGCACGCACACACGGCAGCGGUGCCAUCGUGAUGGACCUCAUUGAGGACCACGAGGCCCACUUGUACAACACAGCGCUCAUCGGAGAAAGCUUCAACUCGAUGGGCAAGGUGCUCUUCCAAGUUGCUGCAGAGAUGCCCGGAAGCGCCAGCGCCACCGACAUGUCAUCGGAAGAUGAGACUCUCAGCAAGAAGAAGAGGAAGCGAUCUGACUGA